AUGGGUUCGAAAUCCGUAGACGAGGUGCUCGAUGCCGCCGCCGCCGGAGUCCAUUACUCCGCACUCCGUCUGGACGGCCUCAACACCCAGGUUUCCGCCGCAUCGUACGAGGAACAACCAAAUGAACCAACGACGUCUGGCCUCGAGAAUGGCCACCAGGAGCCCUUUGUUAUUGGUGUUGCUGGGGGUGCAUCGUCAGGCAAAAGUACCGUGUGCAAGAUGAUCAUUGAUCAGCUCCGGGACCAGCGUGUUGUGGUUGUUACGCAGGAGUCCUUUUAUUAUGGAUUGACGGAUGAAGAAUUAGUCCAUGUCCAUGAUUAUAACUUUGAUCAUCCAGAUGCAUUUCAUACAGAGCUACUUCUCUCUUGUAUGCAAAACUUGAAACGUGGCAAAGCUGUCGACAUCCCUAAUUACAACUUCAAGACAUACAAGAGUGUCCCAAAUGCAAGGAAGGUUAAUCCUUCGGAUGUUAUUAUUUUGGAAGGAAUUCUAGUUUUUCAUGAUUCGCGCCUCAGGGAUCUGAUGAACAUGAAAAUCUUCGUUGAUACAGAUGCUGACGUACGGUUAACAAGGAGGAUCCGUCGUGAUACCAUUGACAAGGGUAGAGAUAUCAAAGCUGUGUUAGAUCAGUACUCAAAAUUUGUUAAGCCUGCUUUUGAAGACUUCAUCCUCCCAACGAAGAAGUAUGCUGAUAUUAUCAUCCCACGAGGUGGAGACAAUGAUGUGGCAAUUGACCUAAUUGUUCAACAUAUUCGGACUAAACUUGGACAACAUGAUCUUUGUAAAAUACACCCCAAUUUGUACGUAAUUCAGACUACUUAUCAGAUACGAGGCAUGCACACAAUAAUAAGGGAUGCUGCCACAGCAACACAUGAUUUCAUAUUUUAUGCUGAUCGGUUGAUUCGAUUGGUUGUCGAACAUGGUCUUGGUCAUCUUCCUUUCCAGGAAAAGCAGGUCAUCACUCCGACUGGAUCUGUUUACACUGGUGUGGAGUUCUCCAAAAGGUUGUGUGGUAUCUCAGUGAUCAGGAGUGGCGAAAGCAUGGAGAAUGCACUACGGGCAUGCUGUAAAGGUAUAAAGAUUGGGAAGAUUCUUAUUCAUCGGGAAGGAGACAAUGGACAACAGCUCAUCUAUCAAAAUUUACCAAAAGAUAUUGCAAAUAGGCAUGUUCUGCUGUUGGAUCCCAUAUUGGGAACAGGAAAUUCAGCAGUUCAAGCCAUCUCCCUUCUAUUGAAGAAGGGUGUACAGGAAGCAAAUAUUAUAUUCCUUAAUCUUAUUUCAGCGCCCCAAGGAGUGCAUGUGGUGAGCAAGAGAUUCCCUAGAGUGAAGAUCGUUACCUCGGAGAUUGAGUUUGGUCUAAAUGAUGAUUUCCGUGUCGUACCUGGGAUGGGCGAAUUUGGAGACAGAUACUUUGGAACAGAUGAUUAUCAGUCAUCGACGCCAUUCUUCUGUGACAAUAAAAAUCAUGUCAGGCUCUUGUGA